UUCACAACAGCAGCGGCAGAGAUGUCGGCGAGCUCCGCGUUCUGCGAUGAAAAAGGAGGCUCAUCCAGCGAGCCCGAGUACGGCCACGACCCGGCUAGCGGCGGCAUCUUCUCCUCGGACUAUAAGAGACAUGAUGACCUGAAGGAGAUGCUGGACAGUAACAAAGACUCCCUGAAGCUGGAGGCCAUGAAACGAAUCAUAGCGAUAAUCGCCCGAGGAAAAAACGCAUCUGAUCUCUUCCCUGCGGUGGUGAAGAACGUGGCCUGUAAGAACAUCGAGGUGAAGAAGUUGGUGUAUGUGUAUCUCGUGCGGUACGCUGAAGAACAGCAGGAUCUUGCUCUCUUGUCCAUCUCAACUUUCCAAAGAGGAUUAAAGGACCCUAACCAGUUGAUCCGUGCGAGCGCACUGCGUGUGCUGUCGAGCAUUAGAGUGACCAUCAUUGUACCCAUCAUGAUGUUAGCUAUUAAAGAAGCAGCGUCUGACAUGUCUCCAUAUGUUCGCAAGACCGCAGCUCAUGCCAUUCCCAAACUCCACAGUCUGGACCCAGAACAGAAAGAUCAGUUGAUCGAAGUCAUCGAGAAGCUGUUGGCGGAUAAAACCACACUGGUAGCAGGCAGUGUUGUGAUGGCGUUUGAGGAGGUAUGUCCGGACCGCAUUGACCUGAUCCAUAAGAACUAUCGUAAGUUGUGCAACCUACUGAUUGAUGUGGAGGAAUGGGGACAGGUGGUCAUCAUUAACAUGCUAACGCGCUACGCCAGGACACAGUUCCUCAACCCCAACAUUAACGAGUCUCUGUUAGAGGAGAGUGGUGAGAAGUCGUUCUACGCAUCUGAUGAUGAGGAUGAUGAAGAUAAGAAGACAGAGACAGCUGCUCUACCCAAGAGGAAGCUAUACGUGAUGGACCCUGAUCACAGACUCCUCCUGAGAAACACCAAACCACUGCUGCAGAGUCGCAACGCUGCUGUGGUGAUGGCAGUAGCACAGCUAUACUUUCAUUUGGCUCCUAAGGCAGAAGUGGGCGUUAUUGCUAAGGCUUUGGUCAGGUUAAUGCGUAGCCACAGUGAAGUGCAGUAUGUCGUGCUUCAAAACGUUGCCACGAUGAGCAUAAAGAGACGGGGAAUGUUUGAGCCAUAUCUGAAGAGUUUUUAUAUCCGUUCCACGGACCCCACACAGAUCAAAAUACUGAAGCUGGAAGUUUUGACUAAUUUGGCUAAUGAGACGAAUAUAUCCACCAUCCUGAGAGAAUUUCAGACAUAUAUAAAGAGUAUGGAUAAAGACUUUGUGGCGGCCAGCAUUCAGGCCAUCGGUCGCUGUGCUACAAACAUUGGUGCGGUCAGAGACACCUGUCUGAAUGGCCUCGUACUGCUGCUGUCCAACAGAGAUGAAUUAGUUGUAGCUGAAUCAGUGGUUGUGAUCAAAAAGCUUCUGCAGAUGCAGCCUGAGCAGCACAGUGACAUCAUCAAACAUAUGGCCAAACUCAUCUACAACAUUCAGGUACCGAUGGCCCGAGCCAGUAUCCUGUGGUUGAUUGGAGAGUACUGUGAGCACGUUCCCAAAAUUGCCCCGGAUGUGCUUCGAAAGAUGUCCAAAACAUUCAACAACGAGGAGGACAUUGUCAAACUGCAGAUUAUCAACCUGGCCGCCAAACUUUACCUUACAAACUCCAAACAGAGUAAACUCUUAACACAGUACAUACUGAACCUGGCAAAAUACGACCAAAACUAUGACAUCAGAGACCGUGCCCGGUUCAUUCGCCAGCUCAUUGUGCCCACUGAUAAGAGUGGUGCUCUCAACAAAUACGCCAAGAAGCUUUUCCUCGCCCUCAAGCCCGCCCCUGUCCUGGAGUCUCCAUUUAAAGACAGAGAUCAUUUCCAGCUGGGGUCACUGUCUCAUCUGCUGAACGCUAAAGCUGCAGGAUACCAGGAGCUGCCCGACUGGCCCGAAUCAGUGCCUGACCCCUCCGUGCGCAAUGUGGAGAUUCCAGAGUGGAGCAAAUGUACAAGCCAGAAAGAUCGUAAAGAAAAGAAAGUUGAGAAAUCGUUCUACUCUGAUUCAGAGGGAGAAUCUGGGCCAACAGAAUCUGCAGACAGUGAAUCGAACUCAGGCAGCGGGUCGGAGAGUGAUAGCGGCAGUGAGGAAAGCGGUUCCGGGUCAGAGAGUGAAGAGAGCCAAGAAGAGUCAGACGAGGAGGAGAACAAUGAAGAGGAACAGAAGAAAAAAAAGAAGAGAGUUGAAAAGACCAAACCUAAGAAACCAGUGGAGGAGAGUACAGAGAGUGAUCAGAACAGUAGCGCAGAGGACAGGAAACAGGUCAGGAAGGCAGGAAAUGACUGGAAGAGUGCCUCAGAGUCUGAGAGAGAAUCAGAGAGCAGCGAAUCAGAGGAAGAAUCAGAUGAUGAAUCAGAGGAGCAGUCAGAGUCUGACACCGACAUCAGGAAGAAGAAGAUGCCCACAUCAAAACAGCCUCCCAAACAAUCUAAAAAAGAGAGUAAAAAGGAGACGCAGGAAAUAUCUUUGCUGGAUUUGGAUGACUUUGAACCAGCCCCAGCAUCCACUCCAGUGACUCCAGUAAACUUUCUGUCAAGUAGUCUGGUGUCUGAUCUGAAGGGUUUGUCACUGACAGACACUAUUCUGGCACCUACGACCAUGGCCCCAUGUGGUGUGAUGAAGAUGUAUGAACUCCUGCAUCGUAUAACAGGCGAGGGUCUUGCGGUUGAGUACUGUUUCAGCAGGCAACCCUUCAGUCCAGACCCUAAUAUGGUGGCCGUCCAGAUCAAAUUCACCAACAACACCAACUCAGAGACCAAGAAUCUCCACAUCGAGGAGCCCAGGCUUCAGUCUGGCAUUAGGAUCGGAGAGUUCCCUGAGAUCGAGGGGUUACCAGCAGGUGAAUCGAUUACCGUGUUGAUGGGAAUAGAUUUUUGUGAUUCUACGCAAGCAGCAAGCUUCCAACUAUGUACACACACCCGUAAGUUCUUCGUUUCAAUCCAACCGCCUGUCGGGGAGUUAAUUACGCCAGUGUUUCUAACAGAAAACAACUUUAAGAAGGAGCAAGGUAAACUGAUGGGGAUGAAUGAAAUCUCUGAGAAGUUGACUCUUGGAGAGAAAUGUGUGAAUGAACAUAUCAUCGUUGAGAGAAUCACGGCCACUGCCAACCUGAGCAGAGUCCCAUGCGGUUUGGACAAAGAGUGCAGAUUUGCAGGUAAAACCGUCAGCAGCGGCAGUCUUGUGCUCAUCACCGUAGCUAUGAAGGAAGGGGGCGGAGCUCAGUUGAUGGUGAACUGUGAGAAGAUGGUGAUUGGCACGAUGCUGGUUAAAGAUAUCCUGCAGGCGCUGUCGCAGUGACGGCACCCCCCUACAGGACACCCACCUACUGCUGCUUACCGCUUAUAUUUGCAGCUGUGUGUAGUUAUCGCCCCUGUUUAUAGCAUCACAAAACGUAAUCCAGGAUGAGAGAAUUCUCAGAAGGUAUAUCAGAACAGCUGCAGCAUCUGCCAAAAUAUUAGGGGCCCAUUAAUUAGGAUAUUCGUCUCUGUUUAUUAAAUGUUGCAUGGGAUGAACUCCAGUCAAUGAGAUGAGAGAUAUCUUUUAGUCUGGAUAGAUUUUUGUGUCACAUUAAGGCUAAACAAAUCUUGAAACUUUAGCUUUUGGCUGAAUUAUUGCACAAAACUGAAUAAAACCACAAUCAGUUCAAACAGGAGCUCUGAAAUCAUGUUUUAGUCUUAUAAUACAGUGCCCCCAAAAGUAAAAAUGUAUUCAUAUACUGUAAUUGCAUUAGUUAACAAAAUAUCAAACCAAGUGGCUUUUAUUUUGGAGAACAGCUCCACACAACUGUAUGAAUUUACUGCCAGAGAUUAUAUUAACUCUGACUGCCAUCGUCUCAUAUUGUAGCAACCUCAUCAAAUCAUUCUUGUAAUAUUUUUACGAAUAUGUAACUACUGUAUUGUAGGACUAUGGGCUGGUUUAAGGGUUCCUGCACUAAACUCUCUUCUCUCAUAUUUUUUCAGUGUCAGGAUGAUUUUCAAACUAUCAAAUCUUCAAUUUAUUCAGUGAUGCUGUAAAGCUCUCAUUUGCAAUUUUUGCCAUUGCUAUUUUUCCCCACCCUAAAGAUAUUUUAAUGCAAUAUAGAGCAGUUUUCCUGGUGAAGGCAUUGCUAGUAGAUAGUUUUAGAAUUAUUAUUAUUAUUAUUAUUUAAGAAGAGAUAAAGUAAUGAAGAUGUGCUUGUUGCAUAAAAUUGAUCUUCCUUUACUAAGUUCAAAAUCUGGCUUUAUUGACUCAUCACUGUGUGACUGUGAGAAUAUCAUGUGUUGUUUGAAUAUUAUACCUCUAUUUGUUAUAAAGAGUUUUAAAUGUUGAACGUGCACUCAAAUUAAAGUGUCUUUU